AUGUAUGGUAGUCAACAUCGUCUAACAUUAUUGCUUUGUGCACUACUUCUAUUCCUUAUACUUACUUUAAUCAAACUGCCAAAUCCGUCGAAGAAGCCAGCAUUUAGCAACUGUCAUUUUAUAUUUAAACCAUUCUUCAACUAUCUGUGCGAUGGAAAUUCGUUCGGACCAUUUCAAGUGUCAAAUGAUUCACAUAAUCACGUCUGUUAUCAGCUUUAUUCCAAGAACAAACAUGCCGACUUAUUUGCACGUGUCCAACUUCACUUCCAACCGUUCUCCAAUCGAAAGAUUCUUUUCAGCGAUAUCGAAAACUUGUCGAAUUCAUGUUUGAGCUGCCAUCAUAUUCAAAUCAUUCAGAACAAACUGUAUAUCAUCCCUAGACCGAAUGCUUUCAAUUAUCAAACUCGUAGUCGUAGUGUGAAACUACUAAUCAAACAGAUGAUGGACACAUUUCCCAACACUCCUGAUCUUGAUCUCUUCUUUAGCGUUCAAGAUAUGGUAGAUCUACCGAAUGGAUUGAAUGGCGUGCGUUUCAACGUACCAAUAUUCGCUUUCGCAAAAACUACUCGAACAAAAGUUGGCCUGCGAUCAGAUGCCGUAAUCCCGAUGCCAUGUUUUACAUUAUGGAGCUGGCCUGAAACGCGUGCUGGUCGUUGGACAGACCGAUCCCAGUCUAUUGUCAGUGCAGCACAGAAGAUAGGCUAUAAAAACCGAAUCCCCAAAUUAUUCUGGCGUGGAGUAUGGAAUUGGAAACGACUUUGGUACAUUGAUCUAGCGAAGGAAAAUCCCGAUAUCAUGGAUAUAAAGGACGUCAGUUGGAAUGCGACUGCGAAUGGUGUUGCUCAUCGAGCGUCGAAUGCAUACGUGACGUUGGAAGGCCAUUGUGAUUACAAGUAUUUAGCACAUCUGGAAGGAAGUUCAUAUUCAUCUCGAUUGAAAUAUUUGCUGCUCUGUGGUUCGCCAGUCGUCUAUAAUCCUGUUCAAUACUGGGAAGAACAUUGGUAUCAUUUACUGAAAGAUCGUGAAAAUAUUAUUGUUUUUGAAUCAGCUCGAAACGAAGCAGCGCUCAAGAAAUUGCUUGAUCAUUUGUCGCAUAACGAGAACAAAAUGAAAAGAAUAGGCCAAAAAGGACAACAGUUGGUAUUAGAAUAUUUAAGUGAACAUGCAGUCAGUUGUUAUUGGUGGAAACUAAUGCAUGAAUACGCUAAACUUUUAGGAUAUCAACCAACAUUACAUCCUGAUGCUAUCCAUAUCGAUGAUUUUCUCAUUGGAACUUUAUCUUGA